UGUUCUGUGAUCUACUACAGCUUGCCAGUAUUGUUCGCUCGACUGUAGAAUGUUGGAUUAAAUUAUCUUAAUAGUUGCUAAUCGAUCGAGUGAAUAAUCACCAGCCUUCAAAUAGGCACUGCUAUUUUGAUAUGAGCGUAAAAGUGAAAACCAGUAGCAUUGAGUGAUCAUUGUUUGAAUUUGCUUAAACCAAAAAAAUGAAGUUAUUCAUCGUGAUCUCCUUCGCCCUGAUCGUGUCGGUGGCCGCUCAGAAAUACACCUCGAAGUACGACGGUAUCGACAUCGACGAGAUUCUCAAAUCCAACCGACUGUUCAACAACUACUACAAAUGUCUGCUGGACCAGGGCCGCUGCACCCCGGAUGCUAACGAGUUGAAGCGAAUCCUGCCGGAGGCACUGCAGACCAACUGCGCCAAAUGUACCGACAAGCAACGCCAAGGUGCCGUCCACGUUAUCAACUAUCUGAUCGAAAACCGAUCGUCCCAGUGGAAGGUGCUGCAACAGCGUUACGAUCCGGGCAAUGUGUACAUCAACAAGUACCGUGAUGAGGCCCGUGCCUCAGGAAUCAAGAUCUAGGAUCAGCAGACGAAAAUUUUUCCUCUACUUUUCUGAGCAUCUGAAAUUGAUUCACAGGGAAUCGACUGUUCCCAGAAUCAAGAGACCAAAGCUUCGUUGUAUUAUUUCUUACUCCUCUAUCAACUGUAAAGGACGACGCUCGUAGAAAUGGUGAAAACGUUAUCGAAGGCGCCAAUGAAAUAAAAACGCUUAACUUUUUUACAAUAAAUAUGGAACUGAUA